AUGCCAUCGUGUCUAUCAAACACGCUCCUGCUGCCACUACACAUGGCCUCAAGAUGUGGCAUCUCUGGUUCUCUAGUCGACGUCUCGCCCACAAGUAUAUGCGGCCCGUCAUCUAUGGCAAUACCAACCUUGGCCACGCCCAAGCCUAGACCUGCGCGGGGCACCAAGCGGAAGCCUGCCAGGACGGCUCUUGAAAUACGGCGUCCUGCAAAGAGGGCCAGAGGUGCAACGCCAAAAGACAGUGCGACGGGGCGACAAAAGGUCCUACAAGAUGCACAAACGCGGCCCGAAGAGCGCACGGAGUUGGAGACAAGGAACAACUUUGUGCAACCACCAUCGCUAGCGACGGGAGAAGCAGUCACGGAGCGCCCCACUGACGAAAUCACCCAGGAAGACAUAAUCAAACUAUUACCUGGUUCUCAGCAUGGCCACGCCGCCGACAUCUUCGAAAGGGGGUUUUGGAGCACAGAUCUCGAGAGGGACCUGCGCUUGCACCAGUGGACAGCCUCGGACGAGGAAGCCCUCCUCAGGUCGUGCCCGAUAGUCUCUGCAGGCGAGCUGUAUAUCUGGCGGGCCAUGCCGCGGCUGUUUGGCUGCGAGUUGCCGGAUCUGUUCAGGUAUGGCCUUGGCAUCAGCUUCUACCCAGAGGUCGCACCGGCCAUCGCCAGCAGAGGCACCGGGCCCACUGCACCUGGUGGUGUUUUCUCGGACGUCGCCGCCGCACUCUUCCCCGACACUACGAUGGAUGAUGGGCACGAGCCCGCCGUCGAGGAGUACUUCAAAGCCCUGGCGAGGAUCCUGCCGCACCCAAUCUGGCGCGGCGACCCGUCAAGGCUACGCUACGUCUUACAGCAUGCCGUGCGGGCACGCGUUGGCCCGACUCACGCGGAGCCCCUCGUCCCGCCCUACUCCAAAACCGCCAACAACUUUCCCGAGUUCGCAUGGACGUGCUCCCGUCCAGCUCCGGACACGUCGCGAUCCUGUGCCCGAGAAGAGCGGGACCGGGAGCUCGCGGCAGCCAUGCGGUGGAUGGCCAACAUGUACAUCCUCGCCGACACGGAACUGAGCGACGUGGUCGACAACCUGCUCGACAUGUACAGUCACAACAAGGCUGGACACGGCCCCGGCACCAGCGACAGCAACAACAAAAGCAAAAGCAAAAGCAAAAGCAAAAGCAAGCAGCCAAAGGUCGACGACGUCCGGGGCGUCGACGCGAGAAACGUCCUCUUCGACCUCGAGCUCUGCGAUCUGCAGGCCGUGUAUCAGGCGCUCGAGCGCACGCCGCGGACCAUCGACCGCGACCCCAACACGCACGAGGUCGUCGCGACGCAGCUGUACGCCGCGCCCGCGCGCUUCUUCAUCGACGACCUCAAGACGGCGCCCGACAUCACCAACGGCCACUCCCGCGAAGUGCUGGCCAGGUGGGUGAGGGACCAGAAGCGAGCGUGGAUCCUGUCGAGGCGCAGAGAGGCCCUCAUCCGCCAGCGCAUGCAGGCCCGGUCAGGUCGGUGCAAAUCCGACAGUGCCCAUGACCGGCCAUACCUCCUCGACAUUCCACCUUUUGAUCCCGACGGCAAAUACCAGACCUGGCCGGCCGUAACCGAGGGACAGCUGGCGGCGAUCCAGGGGCUAGUCACCAGGACGAUGCACGGCUCGGCGGUGGGCGAGGCGAGGCGAUCCAGCCCAUGA